AUGUGGAGAGGAGAGAAAAGAGGAGUGAGACGAAGAGGAACGAGAGGAGAAAGAGGAAGAGCAGGACGUUAGGGCAUGUACCCAGACCGCUUUCGCCAGUGCGCAGCGUACAGCGAAGGGUUAAAAGCGAAACGAAUUCAACUGUUUAAAAUCUGCGUUUAAACAGUCGAUCCUCUCAGUGAGGCCGUCCUUUGCGGAUCCGACUGAAUACACAGGUUAAAUUAGCCAUGCAAACAACUGCUCAAUGUUUAUCCCCGCUGAUCCUCUCAGUGAGGCCGGACUUUGCGCCUCCAGCUGGUUUAAACACAAAAGUUGAACAGAUGUUUAGCUGCACGCUGCCAAGCUGCUGGGAGGAUGUGGAGAGGAGAGAAAAGAGGUUACCUCGAGGGGGAGGAGGGAGGAGAAAGCACGAUGGGAGGAGGGAGAAGAGGCAUGACAACGCCUCAGGUGAUUGCCAGCAGCUGGGAGCCGGGCCAAACUAUCAUCAGAGGACUUGCGGGGCGCCAGACGUCAUGUGCGAAAGUGAAUACCGCACCAUCCGUCCGCCUGACAUCCCUGGGCAACGAACUCACCACCUGCAUGCGAAUAUGCCUACAAAGAGAUGCGGCAACCAACUCGAUGCCGCCACGCCAACGGCAAGCGCGGCAGAAGAGGCCAGGCAAGAUACAAGGCGAGGAGCUUGAAAUGACUGUGGACUGCUACCACCCGGUCAGCCUGCCUUCUCGUCCGUCUAGCGUCUUCCACACGCCGGCACCUCGAAUACCGCAGAUAUGCGUCCAAGUUUACACGCUUGACGCACUCACUGCUGGCGCCGAAGAUCCCUCGACCUUGCUGGCGAACUAAUGCUCCCGUCAGCGGCCUGCUGACGUGCAAGGCCAUCAACUUGGAGAGGCAGGAGGAGAACGGACGUGCUCGGUACGCGUCGAGAGAGAUACUCGACCGACACCGACUUCUCUCAUCGCACGGAUGGAAACAGAUGAGCACAUGGAAAAUACUUCUGGAACCAAGCUCAGCCUACCUUGAGGCCACGUGGUCAGCCUGCAAUUGUGAUGAAGGCUACUGCGAGGCGAGGCGUCGAAAGCAAUCCUAGUAUUGGAUGCGGCAUAUUCUGUAGGGUAGGCGCCGAGAAACAAAUAUCCGAAUCAUUAUAGACUUGGAAGUGCAGCGGUCCGUCGUGGACAAUGCACCAGACACAGCGCACGGGCGCUCCUACGUCAUUCACUCAAGGCAGUGGUCCAACCUUGCACCGAACAGGUUGAAAACGACCUUAGGCCCUGGCUGGCAGGCCCCGGCAUACCCUGCCCCCCCAGGCAAGUCAUUCCCAGCAGCCUGGGCCCGCCCCAGAAUCCCACGCGGAGGAGGGGAGGAGGGCAGAGGGGCAGGGCCCCGGGAGGGCGGCGGAGGCGGCGAGGCCUCUCGCGCCGCGCGCCUCGGACGGCCGCGCGCCGCGCCGCGCCCGGCCCUCCUCAGUCGCCGAGCCACAGGCCGCACUCCGGGCGCCCGGCCUCCGCCCACGCGGCGCGCAGCGCCGCCCGGCCCGGCCCGCCGACGCCGAGCGGGUUGCGCCGGAGGUCGAGCAGCCGCAGCUGGGGCAGCGCGCCCGGGGCGCGCAGGGCCUCCGCCAGCCGCGCGGCGCCCUCGUCGCCCACGCGGUUGUCGUAGAGGCUGAGCUCCCGCAGCCGGGGCAGCGCGCCCGGGGCGCGCAGGGCCUCCGCCAGCCGCGCGGCGCCCUCGUCGCCCACGCGGUUGUAGGCGAGGUGGAGCCUCCGCAGCCGGGGCGCGGCGCCCGAGGCGAGCACGGCGGCCAGCUGCUGCGCCUCCUCGUCCCCCCACUGCAGCCCGGCGUAGAGCAGCUCCUCCGCGGCCUCGAAGCGCUGCGCGAAGGCGGAGCGGUAGAGCUCGGCGACCCGGGGCCGGUCGUCCUUGCCGUUGGUGAAACCCUUGCUCUGCAGCUCCACGUCGAAGGCGUCGGGCAGGAGGGGCGCCCGGCGCCCCGCGCGGCAGGUCUGCAGCAACUCCCCGUAGUCGGUCUCCGCUCCCGUGCAUCGGCCGAGGUCCAAGAGCCUGCUAGCCGGCUUCGUCAGCAUCCCCCAGGAGGACUCGCAGAAGCACCAGCCACGGUUGAAGUACUGCUCCGUGUUGCCCGACCGGGUGUACUUUGCAGCAUCGCCGUAAUCAUCUGGAAACCGCGUCAGCAUGAAGACGACAGUGGCGGGGUGGGAGUAGAAGCUCCCCAGGCUCCCCAAUGCCUCCUUGAAGAGCGCAUGCUCCAGCUCGAAGCGGCCGAGGGCAUCGUCCUCGAACGAAUCUGAGCCUUCGAGCCGCUGGUAGGUGUGCUGCUGGGGAACGCCCUCGCGGUCCCUGCAGUUUUGAUGGAUGCAGCAGAAGUCCAUGAAUACACCCCAGCGGCCACCGAUAACGCCCAGCAGCAGCUGCAGGGCCUGGCCCACGAUGCGCAGGUUGUGCCCGCGUGGAUCCGGGUGGUUCGCCUGCAGCCAGCAGUGUGAUAUGCACGCGAUGUGCAGCAACGACUGACUGGCGGCCUUGACGGCGCUGUGGGGCACGAAGGCCGUCGGCGGCAACGCCUGGCGCGGCUCGAGGACGCCGCCAGUGCGCGCUCGCCUCACCAUCCACUCCGCGUCCAUCAGGACGACCGCUCCACUGCCGAGCACGGGGUCGAGCUCCAGGCCGCCGCAGCGCUCCCACCGUGCCUCGCAAAGAGGGAGGGGGGGUCAAAAGAUGAGGGGGGGUCACGCCGACGAGGGGAAGGGGAAGGGAGGGAAAUCGAGAGGGGGGGAUGCAAG